UACGGCCAUUCUCUCUUCGCGAACGCGCACGCGACACGACUACACGCGGAGCAAUACAAAAAGUCGCCCUACACCACCAGCGCCAGCCGAGCAGCGGCAGGUGGUGGUGGUGGUGGUGGUGUUGUUGCUGCUGCUACUACUCUUCUUCCCCCUUCCUCGUGUUCCUCCUCUUCGCCUCGUCUCUCUGCCCUGCCUCGUGCGCGUCCAGAUCCGGGAGGGAUGGGGGCGGGGGCGCUGGGGGUGGUGGCGAUGGUGGCGGCGGCGGUGGUGGUGGCGAUGGCGGGGGCGAACUCCGAGGGCGACGCGCUGUCGGCGCUGCGGCGGAGCCUCAGGGACCCCGGCGGGGUGCUGCAGAGCUGGGACCCCACGCUCGUCAACCCCUGCACCUGGUUCCACGUCACCUGCGACCGCGACAACCGCGUCACGCGCCUGGAUCUUGGGAAUUUGAACUUAUCUGGUCAUCUGGUGCCUGAGCUUGGAAAGUUGGAUCAUCUGCAAUAUCUGGAGCUAUACAAGAAUAAUAUUCAAGGAACGAUCCCAUCGGAACUUGGUAAUUUGAAGAAUCUUAUAAGCUUGGACCUGUACAAGAACAACAUUUCUGGGACUAUACCUCCAACACUUGGGAAAUUAACGUCCCUUGUAUUCUUGCGGCUCAAUGGCAAUCGCUUGACUGGGCCAAUCCCAAGGGAACUGGCCGGAAUAUCUAGUCUUAAAGUUGUUGAUGUUUCAAGCAAUGAUCUGUGUGGAACAAUUCCUACAUCAGGACCAUUUGAGCACAUUCCCCUAAGCAACUUUGAGAAGAACCCACGCUUGGAAGGUCCAGAACUACAAGGCCUGGCUGUAUAUGACACCAACUGCUAGAUGGAAACACGAAGAAAAGAAUGGGUAGAAAGUAAUGGGCGUAAAAUGUUACCGAAAACCGGGUGAUAUAGAUUAUGUUAGGUUUGGACCUACCACUCUGUAAUCCUCCAUGCAUAGCUCUUGUUUGUGCUGUUUGUCGGCAAUGAAGUUGUAUGUUGUAGCAGAAUACUUUCUUUCUGUGAAAGUAAACAUGGAACUGCUUAUGUCAUGAGUCAAAUGUUAUUGUUAUCACGCUUCCCUGUGUUAUAUUGACCAAACUAAAGAUGAAAGUUCUUGUCUGCUGAUUA